UAACCUUAAGGAGUCUAAAAAUGGAUAAAUGUAUUUUAGUGCAAUAUUUAACUUCUAUAAAUUCUGUGAUAAGCGAAAUUUUUAAAUCAACACAACGUAUUAAAUUAACAUGCUUCGAUGUCUCUGAAGAAUACAUAGUUUUUGGGACUAGUAGUGGAGGUGUUUAUAUAUUUAAACGUGAACCAUGUCAAUUUAUAAAAAUAAUUCCAAGUAAGGAAGGUUCAGCAAUAAAAAUUGUAAUAGCUCCAAAAGGAAAAAAUUUGGCAAUAGCAAGUUCAAAAGGACUACUUAUAAUUUUAGAAGACUUUUUAGAUAUAAAUGUAAGACCUUUAAUUCAUAGCGAACAUGAAGGUAGUAUGGUUACUGCGAUAAAGUGGUAUGGGAAUACUGUUUACAGUGGAGAUGAUGCAGGAAGAGUAGCAGUAUUUUCCUUAAGUAACUUAUUGACAAUCUUUCAAACUGCAUCUGCUACUAUAAUGCAUUUAGAUUCUAAUAUAGUUCAAAUUGAUUCAUACUUGAAUUACUUACUUAUUUCUACUAAAACUCGAACAUAUUUAUGUGAUACAGAAAAAGAAUGUUAUAAACAAAUAGGAAAAAAAAUGCGGGAUGGCAACUUUGGUGCAUGUUUUUUUAAUGUUGCUAAUAAUGAUUCCCCAGACACUUAUCAGAGUAUUAAAGGAAUAUUUAAGACAAUAAAAGAAAAUGAAAGCUUUAUGACAACGUUGAAUAAUAGUGACGUUAAAAUAUAUUGUGCUCGGCCUGGUGUUAGACUUUGGGAAGCAAACUUUGAGGCAACAGUACUUGUUACUCACCAAUUUAGAGAUUCUCUGAAUCAAAAUCCUUCGGAUAUAUUGCAUCUUGAAGAUGUUGAAGAUGCAAGAAUGACAGUUCAUACUUACAGAGAUAUUAAUGGAUAUUCAAAAGGUUUUAAUUUUGGCUUAAUAUAUCCUGUUUUGUCUAGAUUUGUAUUUUCGCAUGAUAAUGAAGGAAUUUAUUUCUUUGAUCCGACAACUAGUAAGUUGGCAUUUUGGAGUAAUUGUUUUAAAAAUAUUAAACAUGUUAUAAUUUUGGGAUCUGUUCUAUAUGUUUGGCAAGAUAAUUCUCAAAUAAGUGUUAUCUCCUUAGAGUUAUUAGAAGAGUUAAUUAUUAAAACGUUACUCAAUAAACAGUAUUAUUUUUGCUCGGAAUUGUGUAUAAAUUAUUUUGAUGAUGUGAUAAGCUUAAUAGAGCAUUCUAGGAAAAUCCAUUUGAUAUCUAUUUUAAAAUCUAAGUUAGUUGCAGCGAAUGCCACAGAGUUAUUAGAAAAAUUAAUGCCAGUUUUACAAAGAUUGGAAAAGUUUAAUAAGAAAACUACUUUAGGGAAAAAGCUUUCAAAUGGAAUUGUGAUAAUUGAAAAUUCACAUGUUGAAGCUAUAGAUUACGAUAUGUACAUACCAGAAUCUGUUAAGAAUUUUAAAAAUUCCUCUUCCAGCAAAGAAGAUAAAUGUAUAACUGAUGAUAUGAAAGAAACAUUAACUUGUAAUCCUCUUGUUAAAGAACUUACAGCACAUCUUACCCAAAGUAAAAAUGCUCAAGAUGAGAAAACACUUUCAGAGGAAAAUCCAAACUUGUUGGCUUUAUAUAAACAGUUUAAACUUAAUAAAACUCACAAAACUGUUGAACUAACCGAAUCAAGUGAUUUGAUGAAUGAAAUGAGCUUGGAAGAUCUGAUCAUUUUAUUUCAAGACUUUAUUAAAUAUAUAGAAAAAAUAGAAAAUACCGAUGCAACCACGUGGUGUAAAGAACAAUUCUUAAAACAAGCAUCUCGGAGAAAUUUUGAUAUAAAAACAAUGGAUACAAAUACUUUACUAUUUUUACAGGAUGCAUUUUUGGAAUUGUGUAAUUCGAGACAUUUUAGUUGUAGAUGCCAUUUUCCUUUGCCAAAGGCUUCCAAAAAGUGCCCACAAUAUUACCAUUUGGGGUAUAAAUUGUUAGAUCACUGUGAGAAUGUAAACGCUUAUUUGAUAAAUGUUCCUUAUAUGCAUAAGUAUGUUUUAAGUAGAAUAAAGAAAUUAAACGAUGCUCUCUCGAAUUUACCCCUAAUAGUUCAGUUUAACGAUGAAGAACUAUUUGAAUCAUUUAAAAUGAUAUUUACUUACGAUACUUGGGAUGAAAUAAUAAAAUUGCACAUAAAAUUAAGGAAAGGAAACUGUUUAAAUUGUGAAGAAAGUAUUGAAUUGGAUGGCAUAUGUUCAUGGUCAAGCUUAGGUAUACUGAUGAUAAAAUCCAUUGGACCUCAAAAUACUACAAGGUUAUUGAAAAGGUAUUCCCAGUAUAUACCAAAUGGCAGUUUGGAUACAAAAUUUUAUCAGUGCUCUAUAUUAGCUUCCACUUUCGACCAACCUGAUCUUGCUGUGAAUUUUUUGAAUAAUAUGGUUACGGAGGACACUCUCCCUCAGUUUGAAGACCAAAUGGAAAAAUUUCUGCAAAGAAAAUAUCUGGGAUGUCAGAGUCAAGCAAUAAAAUGUGGCAACACAACAGAUGCAAUAAAAUGCACUUAUUGUGAUACACCUCUUCAUGGACCUAUUCUUAGUGAUACUAAAAAAUGUGAUUCUGGUCAUAAUUUUCAUAGCUUAUGUUUUGCUCGUAACAAGGGAAUUUGUAACGUUUGUUCAAAAACGUAAUAUUUUUAUAAGUGCAUUAUUUAAAUGUAACAUUUUUAAUCUUAGAAUAUGUUUAUUCCUUAUGACAAAGAGAAUACUAUUUAGAAAUAUGUUUAUUGAAAAGAUAUUAAAUCAGAAAGUUGCAGGAAA